AUGUCUCGAAUGGCCUAUCGUCGUGCUGCUGAAAUAGGAAGGUUUUUUUGGAAAAUGGGGCAAUAGGUUACAAGUAUUUUUGUUUUAGAGUUCGUCUUUUGCAUCCAGAACUAGCCAGUUCUCAUCUUCUACACACAAGCUUGAGGUAAAUUUUUUAAAUGUUAUUAAUUACAUUUUUUGUUAAGAUAUGCUUCUGUGGACAAGAGUAAGAUUGACUAUACUCUGAAGAUGCUCAAAGAAGACAUUCAGAAGCAGCAAGAAGAAGUGCGGAAGUUGAAGGUUAUCUUUUUUCAUAGAUUUUGGUCUAUAUAUAGGCCUUUUUUGAAUAUAAAAAAAUAAACAAAGAAAAAUGAAAAAUGUUUUUUUCAGGUUGCUGAAGAUAAGCAAAUCGCCACGGUGAAGCCGACGCUCAAGGAGAAAAUUGUUCACGAAUUGAAACAUUAUUAUCAUGGGUUCCGGCUCUUGGCUCUUGAAACGAAAUUAAGGUGAAAUUAAGUUUUCCCUUAAGCGUCUUCUAGGUAUACUUUGUGUCUAAGUUUUAUUAGGAACUUUCUCAAAAUACGUAAACAUUGAAACCCGCGAUUAUUUUUUUUUUUGAUCAGUUAUCUGAUUUUUUCUGAUCUGAAAGCCACCACUUUCGUUUUUGUAUCACUAAAACUUUAUUAUUUCAAACGAGAGUUGUUUCAAAUCGAGAAUCAUUCAAAUUUUAUCAAUAACCAUGUUUUCUCCUGUUCUGUAUUGUCUUUUGCCUUUUCAAGUAUAGAAAAUAUAACCUUUUUGAUUUCAGUGCCAAAUAUCUGUGGCGAAUUCUUAGAGGCGCGACGCUAUCAAGACGAGAACGUCAACAGCUGGUGAAAUUGCCUUCAGUAUCAAAUCUCACUGAUUUUUUUCAAGGUCCGAACAGUUUCCGACCUUUUCCGCCUGGUGCCCUUCUCGAUUUUCGUCAUCGUGCCUUUCAUGGAACUUGCCUUGCCGAUUUUCAUCAAAUUAUUCCCGAAUAUGCUGCCCAGCACCUUCCAGGAAACCAGCAAAGAGGUUUUUAACUUUCAAAAGAAAAUAACUUAUUUCAUUUGAAAUUAUUUCAGGAAGAAAAGCUGCGUAAACAGGUGAAACUGCGGGUGGAAAUGGCCAAGUUCUUGCAAGACACCAUCGAAGAAAUAGGUCUCGAGAGGAAAACUCGUUCUGAGGCGGACUCGAAGUCCCUCGAGUUUGCACAGUUUAUCAAGAAGGUUUUGAAUUUUUUGGUUUUUUGGAGAUAAAUUUAUUUUUUUUUCAGGUCAGAGAAGAAGGCGGCUACGUUUCCAUCGAAGAACUUUUGAAAUUCUCGAAACUUUUCGAAGAUCAACUCACUUUAGAUAACUUGAACAUGGGCCAGUUGAGGUGAGAUUUUCCAACUAAUUGUUUAUCUUAAAAAAAGGCUUUUUCUGAAAAAAAUAAAAAAAGGACAUUUUGUCUUUUGGUUUUUUAAAAAAGUUUUUUAUCGUUUCGAGUUUUCUGUCUUGAAAUUCACCAAAAUCGUGGCUGUGCUGAAGUAUCAAACAAAAGUUGUAAUAUAUCAGAUCACUGUGUCGUUUGAUGGGCCUCCAGUCGUUUGGAAGCCCCGAAAUUCUCCGUUUCCAGUUGAAUAUGAAGAUUCGCGAACUAAAAGCUGAUGACAAGGUAUGAUGAAAACAUUUCAAAAGGCUUCAAAUGUCAAAAAAUGGCUUGACAAAGUUUAGCGUAAAUUUCGAAACGUUUCUCUGUUUUCGCUUUUUUUUUUUUGAUCAAACGGAUUUUCAUCUAUUCGUUCUAUUGUCACGUUUCUUCCCAACUAAAUUUCGUUUUUUUCCAGCAAAUCGCAGCAGAAGGAGGCGUCGAAAAGCUAAGUUCUUUGGAUUUGCAAAAAUCCUGCCGUGACCGUGGCAUGAGGGCCAUUGGUCUCAGUGAGGAACGACUUCGGGAACAGGUUCUUAUUUAGAAUAUUUCCCUGAAUUCAAUAUACUAUAUCAAGUAAAAACUUUAAUUUUAUCUAAAGGCCUUCUAAAUAGAUUUCCUUGUUUCGUGAAUGAUUUCAUCAACAAAAAGUUUUUCGCUUGUGUUUCUGGUGUAGAAGGGCAUCGAAAUCUCAACAAGAGAUUAUUUUUUCAGUGAAGCUCUUCUAUAAGGUUUUAUUUUUUGCCCGGAAAUUUCCUCUGAUUACUUUGAUAAAGUCUCAUUUGAAUAGGAUGAUUCGAAUAUUCGUGGAUUCCAGCUCUCUCAAUGGCUGGAACUUUCUCUGAACGACGAGGUGCCCCCAUCUCUCCUGCUUCUUUCCCGGACUUUGUUCCUUCCCGAAGACGUUUCCUUCACUGAUCGUCUGAAAUCCAUCAUGCAGAGCUUGCCUGACAGUAAGAUCUUCAAUGAAUUCAAACAUGUUCCGGGAAAUUCUAUUUGUUUUCCUCAAUGAAAAAGGGUUCUUUCUUUGUUUCCAUCAAACUUAUAAAGAAAGAUUGGCGAUGAUUUUGAGUAGGGCUUUUCUAAAAUUUGUUCAAAAAUAUUUCCUUUUAAAAGGAUUUGUAUUCAGUAAAACGAUGCAAACAUCAUCUCACUAUUUUGCAGCAAAAUUUUUCGUGUUUUAAAAAUCGACUCAAGAGAAAUCCUAUUGUUCCUUUGUUCAGGUGUUUCGGAGACGACGAGGCAGAAGCUCUUGGAAAUGGAAGGUGGAACGGUGGACCAUGCGGCGAGAAUCGCUCUCGUCAAGCAUAUCGAGGACGGGAUCGCCGCAGAAAGAGAAGCCGCCGAGAAACGAAAGGCCGAAGAAAAGCAGAAGGAAGUGUUGGCUGCGGCGGCCAAGACGGCAGAAGUCAAGGCCGAGGCUGCCAAAGCCGCCGAUUUCGGCGAGAUUCCCCUGACGGAGAGUGCCGAGAACAUCCAACAACGGGUUCCUGAGGCUUCGGCCAGCAUCGCCCAAGCCGCUGCCGACGCCCAUGAAGCCAUGCAAUCUGUCAAGGUGACCCACUCAACUGUGACCCAAGCAAAAUGUCCCGUCUUUCAGGAAGAGCUGGCCACGGCGAUCGACGGCUUGAAAACGAUGGCCAAGGCGGAGAAGAAUAUCGACAUCAAGGUUCUUUUUCAUUUUUGUGAUGAAUCCCGUCGUGAGAGAAUCUCAAUUGCACCUUAUCCUCAUACUGAAGAGAAUAUUGCAGGUGGAUCCGAAGGAUUUGUCCUCUAUCGAGCAAAUUAUUGUCGGCGGACCGUUGCACGAAGCCAAGAAGGACAUCGUCGGCCUGAAGGAGAAAGUCAUCGAACACAGUGAAGUUGGUGUUUUUCUCUUCUAUCAAGUUAUAAGAAGAUUAUUUUCUAAUUUAUCAUAAUUCAAUUUUCACGUUUUUCAAGGAACUUUUAGCUUUUUUCGUCCGAAGAUGGAGAUAUUAUUUGAGAAGGUUUCGGAGUAAAAAAUACUUUUUUCAGCAUACCCUUUAUUGAAAUUUUUCGAAUUUUAAAAAUCACUAUUUAUCUGAAUCCGGAGUCACCUCGUUUUCAAAGGUUCUAUAGGUUUUGACGCUGUCUAACUUCCUCUUCAACUAUUAUGAAGUAUUUUUUUUUCUUCUUCUAAUGUUUUAUUGUUUCUUGCAUACGUAGUAACUUGAUAGCUGUUUUGAAAGUAGAGAACUCCCAUGAGAUCUUUAUGAAGUUCCCUUGUUCUACUUCUAACUUCCGAUCAUGGUUUUUCAAAUAAAGAAUUACUUCCUUUUAGGAUCUGAUAGAGAUCCACGCGUUGGACGGCGCCUUUGCUGAGACGAAGGUCGCUAAACGGCUUCGGAACAAGCUCAAUUCUAUGAUCGAAGACGUCGACACGUUGGUCUCCAAGCUCGAGGACGAGAAACGCAGCAUCUCCGAGUCUUUGACUGAUCCAGCCGCCGGCGGCAGCGACAACAAAAAGUAGAAUCUAUUCAUCAGAGAAAAAAAAGAUGGCUUUGAAAAGAGGCGCCCUAAUACUUUUCGUGAGCGUGAACCUCUUGAUUUCGAGUUGUUUACAGACUUUCAUCGAAAACAAAAAAAAAAUAGGAAAAUUUAGGAUCUGAGGAGAUCGCUCAAAGGCAUAAAAAUAGCCUAAAUUUUUUUUUUGUAAGUUUUUCCCAGGCGCACUAAGCUUUUUCUUAAAAUGCUGGAUGAAAGUGUAAAUUGGAAGUUUUUUAGCAUUUCAAUUUUGCAGCCUAAAUCUUAAUUAAUGCCUCAGAUUUUUAAUGAAAUUUGAAUCGAUUCUUCUGCUCUUUUUUUACAUAUGUAUAAGCCCAAACUUAUUCAGGGAACGAGAAGUACGGAUUCAAGACGUCAUUGAUUCUCUGUCUCUUCUGAAAGAAAGCAGUGCGUCAGAAGAAUCGGAAAGCAAGACGAAACGGAUCGAAACACUUCUGAAGGCGAUCGACGACGACGCCGACGGAAUCAUCGACCGAGUACUCGUCCUCGAGGUUUCCAUUCGGAAUUCUUCUCGGCUUGGACAAUAUCUGAAGGGAAUUCCAGGUCAUAGAGCUCCUCGAAAACCACACCGACGUGUAUGUCUCGCCUUCGCAAAUGGUCUCUUUGAUUGGAACUCUGAAAAAGGAGGGCGAAGUCGCCCACCUCACCCAGCAUCUCCACAAGGCUGAGAUUGGCGACAUCGAUGUCCCUGUUUUGCCUUCUGUCCGUCACUUUACCCGAUUUCCAAGGAAUUAUCCGAUUUCAGGGUCCUUCUUCUGCCGGAGCUUUCGAGCAACCCUCGGAUCAAGCCCCAGAGUUGAAAGAGAACGACAAAAAUGCCUCGCUCGACAUCCCUCAUGUAGAUCCGACGGUCAGAAAACCAAAGCUCGCCAAAAAAAAAAAAUCAAUUUUUCUUUCAGAUAACGACCCCUCUCCGACAAAAGCAGCAAAACGGAACGAAGGCCGAACCUCCGUUGUAA